GUGUUGAUAUAGAAGCAGCUCGAAAAGAAGAAGAGAGGAUAAUGCUUAGAGAUGCAAGGCAGUGGUUAAAUAGCGGUCACAUCAGUGAUGUUCGUCAUGCAAAAUCUGGCGGGACAGCGCUCCAUGUGGCAGCUGCCAAAGGCUACACAGAAGUUUUAAAACUUUUAAUACAGGCAGGCUAUGAUGUUAAUAUUAAAGAUUAUGAUGGCUGGACACCUCUUCAUGCUGCAGCUCACUGGGGCAAAGAAGAAGCAUGUCGAAUCUUAGUGGACAAUCUGUGUGACAUGGAGAUGGUCAACAAAGUGGGCCAAACAGCCUUUGAUGUAGCAGAUGAAGACAUUUUAGGAUAUCUAGAAGAAUUGCAAAAAAAACAAAAUCUGCUCCACAGUGAAAAACGGGAUAAGAAGUCUCCACUAAUUGAGUCAACAGCAAACAUGGAAAAUAAUCAACCGCAGAAGACUUUUAAAAACAAAGAAACAUUAAUUAUUGAGACAGAGAAAAAUGCAUCUCGCAUCGAAUCUCUAGAACAAGAAAAGGCUGAUGAGGAGGAAGAAGGGAAGAAGGAUGAGUCAAGUUGCUCCAGUGAGGAAGACGAGGAGGAUGACUCGGAGUCUGAAGCAGAGACUGAUAAGACAAAACCCUUGGCUUCUGUAACUAAUGCUCAUACAUCCAGCACUCAAGCAGCUCCUGCAGCUGUUACAACACCUACUCUGUCCUCCAGUCAGGGAACCCCUACGUCACCUAAUAAAAAG